GAAUGAGCGUUCUGGUUUCAUAAGAAAGUCGAAGCUUAUAAGAAUAGAAUUGAAAAAUAUUUUUAGCAUUUAGUUUUGAUUAAAUUUAUUAAAAUUGAACAUAUUUAACAUUUUUAAAGGUCUAAUUCAACGCUUAAAGAAGAUAAAAAAAAUAAUAAAUAAAUAAAUAAAUUUAACAUCCUGCUAUCGAGAUUACCUAGAGAUAGAACUUUCCCUCAUCGCUAUUGGAUGAGGGAUCGCGAUCCCCGGAUGUAAGGCGAAUCCUUCUUGUCAAGACGGACAAGAUGGCGACUCAGAUGAAGAAAUAUUGAAACGUAAUUAUUAAAGUUAAUAAUAAUUGUCUGUAUAAGCCAUGGUUUGUAAAGAAGAAGUAUUCAUGUGGUUCAAAGAAUUAACUGGUUCCAAGCGUAUAGGAAUUGUUUGUGGAUUGUUAAACAUGUGUUAUCCCCUGGAGCUAAGAUUUUUAGGAACAUGUUUAGAAGAUUUAGGUAAAAAAGAUUUUUAUUGUUUUCAAGAAGCAGAACAGAAAGCAAAUAACGUAAACGAAAUCAGAAAACUAAUCGAUCUUAAAGACAACGUGACCAGGUGUAAGUUUAUCGUGUCUCUGGCACUGCUUCAUUCUUCUAAUCAUGUUUGCUCAAAUGCUCUUUACCAAACAUUGUCAAAACAUUUGGAUUGUAUUGAGUUAUUUACUGAUCAAAGAUCGCUCAAUGAAAUGCUUUUGGUCAUCACAAUGGCUCUCAAUCAUCCCGCAUUCACCUUUGACCAGAAGACUGUCUUGACGCAACAUCUCUUAUCUAUUGAGAAAUUAAUCGGAGAAAAUAAUCAGACAAGUCACGAGAGUCAUACUUGGCAGCGAUGUGCAUCUGCUGUCAUUCCCGAUUCUAUGCAGCCAGUUGUUUCUGCAUGCCAAAAUAUCACAUCCUCUGUUUCUACUGUUGCAGUGACUUCAGUAGCACCAGUAAUAUCAUCAGUUGCUGUGACUACUACUCCCUCAUCAUGUCAUCAUCACCAAAUAGUCAAUUUCAGAGCAAAUGAAAUUAUUAAUCAAGCAAGGAUUUCUAAUUUGAAAGUAAAAUCAGUUUAUAAACGAAGGUCAUACAGAAUAAGAGCUAUAUGGUCAAAUGGUAGAUACAAUGAAGUGUUAAAAACAAGUCAUGAAAUUAUUGUCUUCCAUCAAAAGGUAUAAUUAAAAUAAUUUAGU